GCCGGGGCGUGGGGUCAAAGGUCACGCAAGAUGGCGGCGGCCAGCAGCCUCUGAGGCGUGGAGCAGGGGCAUGGCGCUGGCGGCUUUGGCGGCCGGGUCUCGGCUGGGGUGGCGGCUGAGCGGGCCGGGGCCGGGGCGCGGGCACUGGACGGCGGCCGGGCGCUCGCGGAGCCGGCAGGAGGCGGACGCGCCCGUGUUCCAGUACGUGGGCGAGCGCGCGGCCCGCACCGACCGCAUCUUCGUGUGGGGCUUCAGCUUCUCGGGGGCGCUGGGCGUGCCCUCCUUCGUGCUACCCAGCGCCGGACCCGGGCCCAGCGCCGGCUCGCGGCCGCGCCGCAGGAUCCAGCCCGUGCCCUACCGCCUGGAGCUGGACCAGAAGAUUUCAUCUGCUGCUUGCGGCUAUGGAUUCACAUUACUGUCCUCUAAAACCAAGGAUGUUACGAAAGUUUGGGGUAUGGGACUCAACAAAGAUUCUCAACUUGGAUUUCACAGGAGCCAGAAAGACAAAACGAGGGGAUACGAGUAUGUUUUGGAGCCCUCGCCCAUCCCACUGCCCCUGGACAGACCUCAGGAGACACGGGUACUGCAGGUCUCCUGCGGCAGAGCCCACUCUCUCGUCCUGACAGACGGCGAAGGAGUCUUCAGCCUGGGAAACAAUGCCUAUGGGCAGUGUGGAAGAAAGGUGGUCGAAAAUGAAAUUUACAGUGAAAGCCACAAAGUCCAUAGAAUGCAGGACUUCGAUGGACAGGUGGUCCAGGUCGCCUGUGGUCAGGACCAUAGUAUGUUCCUAACGGAUAAAGGAGAGGUCUAUUCCUGUGGAUGGGGCGCGGAUGGGCAAACAGGUCUGGGUCACUACAAUAUCACCAGCAUGCCCACCAAGCUGGGCGGAGACCUUGCUGGAGUGAACGCUGUCCAGGUUGCCACCUACGGUGACUGCUGCCUGGCCGUGUCUGCUGAUGGAGGCCUCUUUGGUUGGGGAAACUCUGAGUACCUGCAGCUGGCCUCUGUUACCAACUCCACACAGGUGAAUGUCCCCCGGCACCUACCCUUCUCAGGAGUCGGGAAGGUGAAGCAAGCCGCGUGUGGUGGUACAGGCUGUGCAGUAUUAAACGGGGAAGGACAUGUUUUUGUCUGGGGCUAUGGAAUUCUUGGGAAAGGACCAAACCUAGUGGAAACGGCUCUUCCAGAAAUGAUUCCACCCACUCUCUUUGGCUUGACGGAUUUCAAUCCAGAAGUCCAGGUUUCCCGCAUUUGCUGUGGACUCAGCCACUUUGCUGCCCUUACCAACAAAGGAGAGUUGUUUGUGUGGGGCAAGAAUAUCCGAGGAUGCCUGGGAAUUGGCCGCCUGGAAGACCAGUAUUUCCCGUGGAGGGUGACGGUGCCUGGGGAGCCUGUGGACGUGGCAUGUGGUGUGGAUCACAUGGUGGCUCUGGCCAAGUCAUUCAUCUGAAUCGCCUGCCUGACUCGCUCCAGACCAGCCCUGGUCUCAGAACCACUUGGACCGCGUAGCAGAGCAGGGGCACUUGGUGAGGGUCAGCGAGGAUCAGGGCCGUUCGUGAAGCGUGACGCUCUCUCCUAAAGCCCUUAGUGGGUGCACACCACAAGUCCCGGGAUGCUGUCCCUUCUCCAGCCUGCUGAAUUCAGCCCAGGAUGACUGUCUAUCUGGCCAAGCUCUGGCAAGACAAGUCCUGGGCAGUGUGGCCCUGGCACCAUCUGAGCACCAGCCAACUUUUCCAUGUCUUCUAGCCACUCUUUUUCCUACACUCAGACUCUGCCCAUUCACAGGUGAUGGCUUCUGGUGUCACGCCUGGUUUUAGGAAAAGCUGAACUGUCACAACAUGCCAUUUCAUUUUGAUCUUUAAAAGGUGGCCUGACACCUUUUAAAUGUAACUCCCAGGAGGGCCUCUGGAGGCCCUCUGGUCACAGCAGAGCUCCCAGUUGGUGUCUGGGCGGCUGCGUGUGUGCACUGGGGGGCCCCAGCCUCACUGGGGAGCCGGGUCCUCCCCACUCAGCCUUUCCGGGUCGGCUGCUCUACAGCCAGCUCGCUUCUGGGCACAAGCUGGAAUUCCUUGGACUGGAGUUCUUUGUGGAAAUGCCAAUGGGCACCAGCCUGGUGUCCUGUGGGCCCACGGCUGUCACCAGCCUUGGAACCAUUCUCUCUCCCUGGCUUGGAAAACUUGAGAAGCCCCUGCAGGAAGAAGAUCAAAGCCACAUUCUUGUGGGCUGAAGACUUCGAACACAUCCCACAAAAAAAGCUUGGCUGGAGUGCCAGCCUAGGAAAAGAAAGAUUGAGAAACUGAAAAAACAUUCAAGUUAGUAGCAGAACUUGGCUUUUUCUUUAAAAACGACUUCUAAAAAUCUCUUUUGGAAUAAAGUCUAUUUUCUGCCUUUUUA